AUGGCGGACGCAGUCUCUUUCAAUAACGUUCCACCGCCUUCGGGAAAUCCGGUAGAUCCAACUUCAGCGUUUGCCGACGCAUUGAAAAGAGCUAAAGAGGUAAGGUUGCUUCUAAGGGGUUGUAAGUGUUCUUCUGAGCCGGUUUAACAGGAAAUUUAUUAAUUAGAUCGCCGCUCGGAUGGGAUCAAGUAGCGCCGCGGCUGCAGAAAGUUCGGCAGAGCAAGGUGUGUAAAUGUUUUGAUUCGGCCUGAAAUUAUCCGUCUUAUUACGUUAAAGAAAUUAUUGUAAAUUCUAAAAGGAAUUCAAACUUUAAUUAUUGUUUGUUUUUGUCUCUUAUGGGCAGAAAUCGGCAAGAAAAGACCAUUCGAGUUUGACGGUGAGUUUUGCAAAUGGGAGCGAAAUCAAUCGUUAAUAAAAGCUCGAGAUCUUCAUGCUUUUUCCCUUGUUGUAUAAAUUCUCGCGAAGUCAUAUGUUGUCUGAUUUUUUCCAGGUGGUAAUGAAGAAAUCCCCAUGAAAAAACCAGCGAUGGAAGGUGGGAUCUAUUUUGUAAAAAUUAACAAACGAUAAAUUUAAGAUAAGCUGAACAUUGUCGAAAGGGCUUGUUUAUGGUGGAUUUCGACUUUGAAUUAGCUCAGUUGGAUCAUUUAGUUUAAGACGGUUGUGACGUUUUUUACCUUAGUUAGAUGAAUCAGAAACUGACUACUUGCUUUUGAACUUUAAAAAAAAAAACUUUAAAAAACUUUUCUCGAAUCGUCUAAUGUAUUUAGCUUCAUAGUUGUGCCAAUGGUAAUAUGAUUAUUUGCGGUAUGUUGUUUUGUGAAGAAGAAAGCAACAUAUUGCAGGUAACCAUUUUGCCAGUUGAAGACAUUUAUCUGUUAGCUGUCAAGUCAACCUGUUGGACUUCUGUGCUUUUCUAUGAACUGUUAACAUCUUAACAUCAGUAUGCAUACCUCCAUACUAUUUUCCAUAAAUUUCUUAAGGUACUUUUAAGAAGAAUUUGGCCAAUAAUCAAGAGCUUCUUUAGAUUGUGAUCAUUUCCUUUAUUCUUGUGACUAAAUUGUUUGACUUUGGGUGAUACUGUUGGGAGAACUGUAUUCAUAAAAAUUUUAAGCUAUUUUAUUCUACUUUUGGUGUAUAACAAGUGAGUUGCACAAAAAGUCCUCAGUGGGGUCAUGUAUUUGUUAAUGUAAGUAAAGUGGCAUCCUUUUCAAUGAUUAAGAAUAUUAAGUUGGUUGACGUAUAGAAAUUUGGCUUCCAGCUCCCAUGGAUGGAAAAGAUCCAAAAUCAAUAGCUAUGCAAGUGGCUGCAAGUUUAGCACAAAGGUAAUAUUAAGUUGUGCAUGCUCAUAUGUUUAAGACAUAUUUCGAAAUUUGAGUACAAAAGAAGUAACCUAUAUUUAAUACAUGAUUGUAAUUAUAUGAAAAUAAUGUAUAUGUACUGUGGUUGAAGAAACAAAUAUAGAAGCAAUCCUCACAGUUAUGAAUACUACUGAACUAGUAGUGAAAUAAGGCCUGAAAAAAAUUCAGGCUUGUAUGAGAUUUGAACCAUGACCUCUGCAAUACUAGCUCCUAGUUGGCUUGUUAGCUCAGUUGGUAGAGCACUGCACUGAUAUUGCAGGGGUCAUGGGUUCAAAUCCUGUAUGGGCCUGAAUUUUUUUUCAGGCCUUAUUUUCACUACUAGUUCUGUAGUAUUCAUAACUGUGAGGAUAGCUUUUAUAUUUAAUAUUUGGGAUGAGGUUAGAGUAAGUGUCUUCUCUCAGAUGUAAAUGUAACUUUUUCUCCUGAUGAAGAGCAAACUUAUUCAGUGAACCACCAUUACUGCAAUUUGAUCAUAAAAUAACAUGGAGCAAAUGUUAUCAGUUUAUCAAUUUCUGUAUGUAACCACCCCGAAUAAUGGUGUCCUUUUCUCUGAGAGUAACAAGGCCCUUUUUUUUCUUUUUUUUUUUUUUUUUAACAGAGCUGGUCUAGGGUCAUUAGUAGCGGAGGAAAUGAAAAUCCCAAACAGAUUUGUUGGAUUAAGUAAGUGCAAAGAGAUAAUUUCUCAGAUUUAUGAGUUAUAGUUGAGUUUAAUCCAGAACAAUUUCAGUUACUCAUUGAUUCUCACCUCUUUCAGUUAUUGGACGUGGUGGAGAACAGAUUAAUAAAUUGCAGUCAGAAACUGGUGCCAAAAUACAAGUUGCUCCAGGUAAAGGCAGUGUUAUUUUCCAUUGAAGUGAAAGUGCAGGGUUAAAUUUGAACUUAUAAAACCAGGGAUUUCGUAAGAAGCCGGUGACCACAAGAGUUCUGCUGGCUACUUUAUAACAUUUCACCAGACACUCUGGUCAAAAUAAUUACCUUUUGGCCCUUAAUGAACUUUCCACUGUCUCCUACUUUUGCCAAGUACGAUGCCUACUUCAAAACAUUUUGAAACCCCUGGAAAACACAUGUAAACUGUCCAAAGAACUCUAACAGAGUUCAGCAAGACCAUAUUCAAUUAUCUCAGAACUAGGUUGUACAAGUUGUAGGUGUGACUGGCACUCCUAAACUUUUGUACAGGAAAUCCUCACAUUAUUUUAAAUGUAAUAUAAGUGCACCUGGGGAUGAUGGCUUAUUCUUAUCUAGAAACUUGCAAUAUACAAGGGAACUGAUCAUGUUGUUUGUUAUAGAUCCUCCUCCUGGUCAGAUGCCACCUCCAGAUCGUCAUGUCUCCAUAAAUGGAACACGAGAAGCUGUAGAGUAAGUUUGUCUUCUACAGUAUAGGCUGCAUUGUACCAAAGAUUCUUCACCAAUUUCUUGGUUUAAUGGCAGUUUCUUCCUAACUACAAAUGUUACUCUUUUUAUAGACUAGCUUUUACGUCAAAAGAGAGGAUAUAUGUAUUUGAUUUUUAGUUACUGGUACUUUAAUGUGUGUUAUUUUAUCUCAUUUGCUUCACUGAGGGUCUGUAGCAAGAAUUCACCCUUUUUUAGCAAUAGAAUAAUUGAAGGUUCAAUUUUCUCAGGAUAGGAAUGCAAGUCUAAGCACCAUAGGAAUAUUUAUAGAUCAAGGUGAAUUUUAGUGCAGGAGUCUCCUUUUGACCCUAUUUUAUUGCUGUUCCCUUCUUUGUCAAAACAGGAAGGCAAGGAAUUUGUUAAACAAAAUAUGUGAGGAUGGAAAGAUUCCAGAAUCUUUGGUGAGGAUUGUUUUAUUAUAAAAGGAUGUGUUUUAACCUUGAUCAUUAUCAACAAAGAGGAGCUAACUUUGAGACAACUAAUGUUGCACAUGUGUGUCUGAUAGUUAUCAGCAUGUGAAACAGUUAGAAUUUUUGGUAUGUUGACUGUCAACUCCCAAGAUCUUAUUGUUAAUCCUCCCCACUGGCUGAUACAAAUUUCCUUGUAAAUUAGUUAUGAGAAUUUGGUGUUAGAUCAAGGUAAGAACUUGUACCUGAUAAGUUUGAGUAUUCUUACAACCUGUAUGGUGGAUAAUGUGGGGAUGUUAUUGGGGGAAAUUAUAUGUUUAUCACUUCUGGGAGUUAAAGGGUUAAGCCACACUAGAUAUGUGAUGUGUAAAGGAGUAAAUGUAGAGUGUUAUUGUUGUGUUCCAGAUGUCAUCACCAGUUGUUGCCCCAGGUGAACAAGUUAUUGAAAUGAUGAUACCUGCUAGUAAAGUGGGACUGAUUAUUGGUGAGUUUAAAAGAUACCAGAGAUGUCUCUUAAACUGAUAAGCUACUUUACAUGUUUAUUUUUUCAAGGGGUGGAGGUAUUUCUUAAAAAUAAAGGAUGAGCAAAAAACUACCAGCUUAGCUUGGAGUAAAGAUAACCCUUAGUCCUCAAUAUUUCAAAGAAAAACAAUAUCCUUUGCUCUAUAUGCUAUAUUCUGCUAAGGUAGUAAGCCAGAAAGAUUCUCUUGGAUUUACAGUGUACUUAAGGGCUCCUUUUAGAACACCUCUUUGUUACAGAAAUCUUGCUGAUCCUUUUUCAAUUCUCUUUUUGUUACAGGGAAAGGAGGAGAGACCAUCAAGGCUUUACAGGUUUGUUGUUCUCUCAUUUGAUUUUAUUGAGUAACUGCAGAAGAGAGAAACUGAAAAUUUCUCUAAUGCAGUUCCUCUGUUUACCUGAAGAUUUUCCUCCAUGUAAGGACACUACAGUGUACUUUGGUCAGACCAUGAUCUCACUAGGUUUUGUUGAAUAUAUCUGCUUAACCUGAGGCCAUUGUUAUUAAUGAAGCAAUUAGCUUCUCUGAUAGCUGGAUGGAACUAAAGAUUUGGUUAAAUCAAUUUAGUAUGGAAUCUACCAUUAUCUGAUCUAAGAGACAAUUUAAAAUUUGUGUUUUACCUGUUGUUGGAGUUUUGAAUUAUAUUAGAAAGUAACUUUCCUUGUAAAUGUGUAGGAGAGAGCACAGUGUCGAAUGAUGAUGAUACAAGAUGGGCCAUAUUUAAAUGCACCAGAGAAACCUCUGAGAAUCAUGGGAGAUGCCAUGAGAACACAAAGAGGAAAGGAUCUUGUACAAGAUUUACUUACUGAGAAAGAGCUUGAGGUCAGUGGGCAAGGGACAAACAGGAAUUGGCAGGUGAUGACAGGUCGAAGAGGGAUUUACUGGAAUUCACAGUCAGACCAAUAUGUUUAUUUACUAUAAAAAGUUGUUGAGUCUCACUGGUGGUGUUUUUGAAACCAAGCACUUCAUGUUAAUUGGGCUUUGUGAUUGAGAUGUUACUUUUCAUGCAGAACAUAGUGGUCUUUUCUAAGUAUUAUUGAUAAUUUGUAUGAUAAGAGAAUUAUAGGCAUUUCUGUAAGUAAUGAAACACUGAGGAAGGUAACUUAAGUAGCAUGAUGAGCUGCAACAUUUUAGGUUGCUAUGGCCAAUAGAGGAAUUUUGGUCAAUUUGGCAACCUACAGGUAAGUUUGGUGGUUGUAUAGCAAGCUAGAAUGUUUCUACAAACUUAUAAAAAGUUAUAAUGAGAUAAACAUUUGUACAAAAGCUCAUGUAGUAUUCCCCAGGAUUUCCCCUUCUGUGUUCUUCUAGUGACUGAAAUCUCAUUUCUGGCAACCAUUUUAUGAUAUUAGGUAGCCGAAUCAAUGGCAAAUUAAAAAAAAAUUUAGUUUGAGGCUAAGUUAAUACAUAGACAACACUGUUUUUGUAUCAUCCUUGGUACAGUAGUCAUGUUGUGUACCAGAAAUAAGUGUCCACACUGGAAGUAGAACCUUCUCUUUUUUGAUAUGUGACAGAAUGGGUAAUUGUGAAUAAGAGCUCCCCAAAAAACCUGUCGGUCAACUGUCGGCCGACAGGUUUUGCCCAAAAUAUUGGCUACCUGUCGGCCGACAGUUGGCCGACAGUCGGCCGACUGUUGGUAAUGUGUCGGUAACCUGUCGGUAGCUUGUCGGUAAAACGUUAACACAAACCUUAAUGUUUUCUCUCAGUUUUCGCUUGAUACAACAUCCAACAUGUGUAAUACAUUGACAAGAAUAGCCUUUCAUAGAUUUGGUGGCUCCUAAAGAAGCCAUUUUGUGAGUGGUGAAAUAUACAAGAUACUUCACUUGUAGAAUCGUGAUUUUAGCGGUGCGCACCCAAAUCAAUUAUCGCAUCAAGCAUCCAAGUCUAAUUAACGAGUAAAAAGAUUCACAGUUGUAUCAUUUAUUAAACUUGAAAUUGGAAAUAGCAAUUCAUCCCAAACCUGCAAGAUAGAGGACGAUGUUAGCAACACAAAUGCACAAGGUAAACAUCAUUGAUACAUACAUAAAACACCAUAAGAGGCCGCGUUGCAUUGUUGGGCGAUUUGAACGAAAGUGUUUGUAUUGACACGUAGCUUAUGGUUUUCAGAGUUUUUGGCCGAGUUUUCGAUUAAAUUAUCUUCCAAUGCGAUUCUUAGAUUGUUUGGUGUGUUUUAAAUUACGCAAGUGAUAUAUUCUAUACACAUCUGAUAUACCUUUAUCUAUAUCUUUACAUACUUUCAACUUUGCCGUCGAUCGGUAAGUAGGUGAAGUCUGUCGAGUCAUACAUCACCAUUACGGUUGCUAUGUCACGUUAACUGUUCGUUUUUAACACAAUUUUCCUUUUUUCUUAACCUGUCGGUAACCUGUUGGUUAGCUGUCGGUAGACUGUCGGUAACCUGUCGGCCGACAGUUGACCGACAGUCGGCCGACAGGUUUUUUGGGGAGCUCUUCUUCACAAUUACCGACAGAAUGAAUACCUUGCACAUGCUCAUUUAGCAGGCAAGACAACAAAUGUUUUGGCCUGCCAAAGUUUGGAUUAAAACUUUACACAAAUUGUGAUGUUUAUGGAUAAUUUUUGUUGAAUCUUAGCAAAACAUGCCUGGAUUGGACUAUAAAGGAAACAGACAUCAGAUGGACAGAAAUCAGCCUGGCAUGCAACAGAUAGAGGUAUGUAAAACUUUAAAUAUCGUCCACAAACACAUUCUAUAGCAUAGGUACAGUCUUACAAGCUUACAUGCCCCCUUCUGCUAGGGCUUGUCCUGGUUUAAUUAGAGAGAUGAUGCUAGUCCAUCACAGGUAUUCCCCAACAAUUUAUGAACAUUCUCCAUUUUAACACUUGAAUGGAAAAAGGCACCAGUGUCAAUCCCAAGAGCACAACACAAGGGCUUGAAGUUGAACCCUGUCAUUUUGAUCUUUAACCAGUGAAGUUCACACUAGACCACAGCAUUUCUACCAUAUAGUUGCCGCAAGUCUGGACACAUGUGCAAUAUAAAGGUUUCCUCUAGACUUCAGACUUGUCCAAAGUAGUUGAAGUGGUUGAUGAAAUGUUAUGUAUACCAAAUUCACACCAGCAAAACAUUUUUAGAUACACCAGGUUUGGCAAAACAGCUUGAAAACAUGUUUUAGCUUUGGUGUAAAUGUGGUAUUACUCUGUGAUCUCAGGUGGCUCCUUUGCAGAGAAGUUGCUCUGAUACAAAAUCAGCCACUUUGGCCACAAAAUAAAACUACCUACUUCUGUGCUAUAAUCCUUUUCUUUCUUUCUUUCUUUUAUAUGAAAAUAGAUAUAUUGUACAGCAAGCUUUGCUAUGGAACAUUAGGUUUUAAUUACAGAAUAAUAAUUUUCUGUGGCAGGUUCCUGUUCCUCGAGAGAUUGUUGGUUUUGUUAUUGGAAAGAAUGGGGAAACCAUCAAAAGAAUACAAGCUGAAACCAGAGCAAAAGUGCAAUUCAAUAUGAGUAUGUUGUUUUAUGCAUUCUUUGUGAUUUGGACUGAAUUGAAUUCCAGAAGCUUUGAAAAGACUUCUAUACAGGGCGUUAAAUUGCGCCUAAUACAGGCGCCAAUGCGCCUAAAUUUUUCACUUUGGCGACCAAAUCCUGAAAGUUAGUCGCCAAAUUGGCAACUAGAACGUUUCAUCAUAACCUUACCAAGAGAUAUAGUGAAUUAAAAAGAUUUUCAAAGAUAAAUCCGCGGCAAACUUCCUCGCUAAGUUUGUUUCUAAAACGUAGCACAUGCAUCUCGAUCGAUAACUAGACGCCAUCUUGGAUUUAGAUGAGCCUGAACGUUGUAUAUCAUCCAUCGUAGUGUCCACUUUGUAGCACGUUACAGAUCUUUUCCCCAACAUAAUUUUGGAGGGUCUAUCUAGAACGCUGACAGCGUAAAGAAAGAUUUUGUUUGUCUUUGAAAAUGGCGACCAACUUUUUUUGAAUUGGCUACCACUUUGAAGAAUUUUGGAGCCAAGUGGCUAUCAGAAAAAAAAGUUAAUUUCACGCCCUGCUAUAGGGACCUUUGAUGAGUUUAUUUCAACUAAGGAAUAGAUUGUGGUAACAAAUUAGAUUCAUUUGUAUAGAUUGGAAGUAUGAAAUCGUUUCUAUUUUUCUACCCACAUACCAUGUAUGAAAGAAGACAUUAGUCAUUUUGAACAUGAGGGGAAAAGUGUUGACAAAAACCAUGAUGGAACUACCAUGAGCUCUGAGAUAUUUGAAAAAGUACACAAAAGUCUGUUUGCUUUGGUACAUUUAAAAUGUUUGCACAUGCUUUGUGCUCUGUCGAAUGACUUUAUUUGUAAUUACAGAGGACAACUCUAAUGCUCCUGAACGAAUGGCAACUGUCCAAGGAACACCAGAGCAGGUGCAAAAAGUCCAGGCUAUGAUUCAAGACAUAGUAGAACAGGUGAAUAGUAUUGAAAUCAUGUUGAAGUAAAUGUGAAACAGCCUUGACGAAAGAGCAAAUGCAGAGUUGACUCUUGCAUUUAAUGGAGAUUGAUAAGUUGGGAAUUCCUUAAAAUGGGCAUUUGGAGGCUACAGUUAACUCUCCUAGAUACCAAGGUGUUGUCCAAGGGAGAUGUGACCAGAUAUAAGACAUGCUCCUGGCAGAUGAGUUGAAAAUAAAGGAAUUGCAGAAAUUUCACAGAUCUGGAUCCCACCAAAGCUUAAAUUUUUCUUGCUUCUUUUUUGCAAUUUCUUGAAUUGCAGUUCACCUUGAAGUUCAUUUCUUCAUUUGUAUCUCAAUUGCUGGUCAAAUUGCGACAUGUUUCAUUUUUUUGUGUCAAUAUACAUGUGUAUAUAAAAAGCAUUUAACCAUGGAAAGUACUUUAGUUUCAACAAGCUGUUUUGAUUUGAUGUUCAGUCUCGACAGCGAGGAGGUCCACCCCCUAGAGGUGCCCCAGCAAAUAUGCCUGGAGUUACCUCAGUUGAAUACCCAGUACCAGGAAAUAAAUGUGGCCUGAUCAUCGGAAAAGGUACGUUUGUGAUGACAACUGGAGUUACAGGAGGUUGUGUAUAGUGUGAUUGUUGUGUUUUUUUGAUAAGUAAUGUUUCUGUUGACUUUAAAGGCUUUAAAAAAUUUAAACAAUGGUUACAGAAAUAUCUGUUACUAACAAGAGUCCUAUUCAGGACUUCUGUCCUGUGAACCAUUACACUGUAGCAGUAUAGAAAGAGUCACUGUCCUUUUCUUAUUGGUCAUUACUACUUUGUGUAAUUUUUGUACUUUAAUUUUUGUUGGUUGAUUAAAAAAGGUAAUUAUGAAAAAAACUUCACCUCUAAGUAGAGCACAGUAGAGCACAGUAGAGAAAAAGAUUGAAAAGAAAUCAAAUAUUCAGCAUUCCUCAUGGAUGUGGGAAUUUGUGGUAUAUGUAGACAUGUUUUUACUUGGAAAUUGUCUAUUUCUUAUGCAAAAGCUGUCCUUACACUAUCUCUGUGGUAUUUGACAUGUAGGUGCAGUCUCAUGUUGGCCUGAUUCCUGCCUUUUACUGCAUGGGAAAAGACUGACAGGGAAAUGUAGUUAGUUAGUUGAACCUCCCAAUCACCUUAGGUCCUAAUAUUUUUUUCUGUGAACAAGCUGCUAAAAGUUAGUACAAAAGGUUUUGAUAAGCACUGGCAAAAGGUUCCAGUAAUGUCAUGCAAAUAACCCAAAAUAUGGACCCCUGUGGCCUGACCUCCUGUAAGCAACCACCAAGAAUUGACAUUUCAGGUGGUCGCUUACAGGAGGUUUGACUGUAUUAAUAAUGAUGAUUGUUGUAGAUGGAAGCCAGUAAAGAAUUGUCAACCUGUUUCUUCUCUGUAUUCUUUGUAGGAGGAGAAACUAUACGAGGGAUUAUAAACAUGACUGGUGCACAUGUAGAAUUAAACAGAACUAUUCCUGAAAGCUCUCCAACAAAGAGCUUUAUAAUCCGAGGUAUUGAGGCAAUAUUGUGUUCUAUGUUAUACAUUCUAAAAUUGUUUAAGGCUUCCAUUGUUUGAUUUCAUCCACUUUACACAUUUUGCACACAUGGUGGUUCACAAUAAGAGUUUCUUAGAUGUGAAAAGAAAGAUCAAGAAAAAGUAUAAUCAGAGCUGUUUAUUUGUUCAUAAGGUACGGAGCAGCAGAUACAACACGCCCAACAAAUGAUCAGGGAGAAAAUAGAAAGUGAACGAGGUGGGGGAGGAAAUUACAAUCAAGGACAAAACUGGAACCAGCCUGGCUGGAACCAACAACAGCAGCAACCACAUCAGCAGCAACAGCAGGGCUGGUCACAGUAUGGUCAGUAUGGGCAACAACAGCAAUAUGGACAGCAACCUCAACAACAACCAGGGCAGCCGUACGGCCAACAGCAACAGCAGUAUGGUCAGCAACCACCGCAGCAACAAGUUAGUGACUUGUUUAUGUUUGAACCUUAAAAAACCAAUAACACCAGAAAAAUUUCUGGAUUGAAGUGUCAAGAAGAACAAGCCAGUCUGAAAUGAGAGAACCAAAUUGUUAAAAGUACAUAUUAUGUUAUUUACUGGGCUGGAGAUCUGUACGGGAAAACACACCCAAGCUCUUUGUGCUGGUUUCCUUUUUGCCACUUUGCUCUCUAAUGUAGUGAAAAAAAUUCCAGACCAUGGACCAUAUUGUAAAAAGCUGCAGUGGUUACUAGUGCUUGAUUAGACAAUCAGUUCUGAGGUUUUAAGUUUCUGCUUUAUAAAAUAAAAAUAGCAAGUAUUAUUGGUUGGCUUAUGAGGCCUGUUUUCUGAUGUGAUUUGUCAACAUGCUUUCCUCAUUUCAAAAUAAUUCUGUUAUUUGUGGAUUUCUGAGCUUGACUGUACUCUAAGUCUUACAAUUGAUAAAAAGGUUUUAAAAGGAAGCAAAGAAAAAGUUGUUCUGUACUAAAUAACUGUUUGUUUUGCAGGGCCAACAGCAAGGCCAGCAACCUGGUCAGGGUAAGAAUAUUUUCCUUGAUUUUCAGCUGCACAUGAUUAUGCAAUACAUAUGCAUAGUAACACAGCCUUCUCUUAAAGUGGCAACAUUUACAUGCCUGUGAUGUGUUAAAAUUUUGGGGUUUCGGUGUCGAUGCAGCACAACAGUAUUAUCACCAUUAUCAGUAAAGAACAAAAAUAAUGUUUUUAAAUUAUGAGUGGAAGGAAAAACUCUUGGAAAUUUCAUGCUGUUUUAAAGAGUUAGCUGUGUCUGGAAUUUUAAUUAUUUAGUUAAUUUUGAUCUCUAAAUGACUUAUUUUGAGGAAACAUUUUGCAUUUUUAGCAUACUAACCCUGUAAAUCUGUGGAGUUUGCUGUUGCUUCUGUUUAUGUACAAGAAUAAUGUUGUGUUUAUUAUUACAGCUCAAGGCCAGGCAGAUUAUUCUGCAGCAUGGGCAGCAUACUAUCAACAACUCUACCAACAACAGGCAGUAAUGGCAGCAGGACAAGCACCAGGUAUAAGAAUAAUGUAAAUUUUUCCCAGAACAGUAAACAUCAAACAAGAGCUAAAUACUGUCUACAUAAAUGAAUUUUCAAUUUUGCAAAACAUAACACACAAAACAAGAUUUUCUUUGCACUUGAUUGCAAGUUACUUGGAUAUCAGCAUUACUCACCAACUAGCUAGAGCUGGGUAGUUAGCCAAGAUUGCCAGUGAUGGAAGUUGCCUUUAAUUCUGUUUUUCAAUCCAUACAGGUCAACCAGCAGGACAGGGGGGGCAGCCUGAUUACACACAAGCAUGGGCAGAGUUCUACAGACAGCAAGGUUACUACUACCCCUACCAACAAGCUGGACAGCCUCAGCAACCAGGAGUACCUGGACAACAGCCACAGCAGCAGCAACAACAACCACCACAGCAAGGACCCUCUGGGGGACAGCCGGGGGGACCUCCACCUGGACCCCCUGGGGGACAACAGGGCCAGUAGCAGGAACAUAAGUUGUAAAGGUAGGUUUUUACUUAUACUGAAAGAGAGAGAAGAAAGGGAGAGAAAGAGACUGUGUAACUUGAUAUGUACUGGUAGUUCUUAAAAGUUUCCUGUUUGCUUCAUAUCAGUUGAUUUUUUGUUUUGUUUGUCCAUUUGCCCUUUGUUUUUAUUUCAAAUGAAUUGUUCUAGCACGAGUUUGUAUUUUUCUCUUUGGCAGACAAUUUUUUUUAGUUAUUCAAUUGAACUGUUACUUUUCUGUUUUUUAACCUUUGUGCCAGUGAUGUACAUGUAUUUAAAUUUUAAAUAUACAUGAGCUUGUUCUCUGCUUGGCCUUCAAUAACAUUGCAGUUUGAAAGCAUCAAUCUUUCCAUCAUUGUUGUCAUUUACUAAUGAUGAUUAUGAGAUUAAAAUUAUGUAGUAAACCACUAAAAUGUAGCCAGAAGGACAAGGCUAAAGUCAGAGAAUUGCAGUCAGGUCAGCUGGUGAAAUAAUGCACAUUCUGUCAUGAUUGAGUUUGAUCUUUAAAUUUUUAUGAUAAUAUUUAGCAAAGUGGCUGUUAUUCAUUUCCAAUAUCUCCUUUGUUAUUUGAAUUAUAUCGGGAAUUAUUUAUUUUUACUGGGCUGAAAUGGUGCAUACAAAUGUCACUGUGAAUUAUUGAGUCCUACCAGCAAAUUUUAAAGUUGUUUUAGAAAUUAUGGUAAGUGCUAUUCUAAAUGAUACCAUUUCUAUCAUACAUUUCUUUCUAGGAAGAGAGGUAGAGGUGUCUUCAAGAAAGCUGUUUUUGCAAGGAAGAUCUCUUUUUUUUACAAAGGAUUUUGGUGUUCUACUCUUAGCAUUGAUUUCCUAUUAGCCUAUCUUAUAGACAUUUUGAUUUUUAAUAUGAUUUGCAUUUGUAGUCAGCUAUCAAAUAUGCUCUGAGUUUGUAAACAUGUAUGAAUUUACAGGAUAGGACGCGAAGUAAACCAAAUGGGCGUGGUAUUAAAGGAUACAUUUUAUUUCUUGUGUGCAUUUUGUUGUAAUUCUACUAUUGCUAUUUUUGACUUCACUGAAAUAAAUCUGCAGGUUUGGUGUUGGAUGAAGCUUUUACUUUCCUAGUUGUACAGACCUGUGAUUGAUUUAUAGGGUUAAAAAAGUAGUCUGGGACAUCAAAUAUUAUUAUCAAUAGCAUUAUUUCUUAGUAAAGCUGUUACA